CAUUAAUACUAUUAAUAUCUUCUUAAUUAUCACUUACUCACUCACAUUAAACAUCAUCCCAAAUCUAAAUCAUAUCACAACAAUUUCACUCUUACUAGCUAUGGAAUCAACUUCAACAUUCCCUCAACUUCAACAUCACCAUCAAGACUCCGAUUCUGAAAGCUGUGUUUCCGGCACCACCGGAGAACAACAACAAGAUUCUAAUUUAUUUUUGGUUACGCUUAGAGAAGGUGACGUUGUUCACGAUCUCAUCAAGACCAGAUUCCUUCGUGGACUCGGCUUAAUUUCCACCAAAACAGAGAUUCUAGCAAUUCACAGAAAUGCAUGUUCUGAUGUUGUUUCACAAGCGAGGCUUCAAUCCUUUCACGUUUAUGCAGAAGCUGUUUCGAAAAUUCGCGGUGGAAAUUCAAAUGUCAAGUAUGCUUGGUAUGGAAGUUAUGGUGAGAAUGACGUUAGAGAUAUUCUUUCAAAUGGUUUCAGUCAUGUCCAUGGUCAUAGCCUCUGCCUUUCUCCAGAUGACUCUCCUCUUCAUAGUGUCAAAAGCUGUGUUGUUGGAAGAGAUGGUGUGAGGCAUUUGAUACUGUGCAGGGUUAUUUUGGGAAGAACAGAGAUUGUACAAUCUGACACAAAACAAUGUUAUCCAAGUUGUGAGGAUUAUGAUUCUGGUGUCGAUAAUAUUUCAGCUCCAAACAAGUACAUGAUUUGGAGUAGUAGAAUGAAUACUCAUGUUUGGCCUGCAUAUGUUAUAAGUUUCAGGGUAUCUUCUUCCAAAGGGGUUGAGAUGAGUGAAGAUGAACAUGUGAGACCAAGUUCACCUUGGAUGCCUUUUCCAAUUUUGAUUUCUAUACUUUCCAAGGUUUUGCCAUCACUUGAUAUUGCCCUCAUUUGCAAGUUCUACAAGGCUAAAAAGGAAGGGAAGAUUUCAAGACAUGAAUUGAUACAAAAAGUGAGACAAAUUGCUGGAGACAAGUUGCUGAUUUCAGUCAUUAAGUCUUAUAGAGCCAAGAAAAAAUCUGCAAGUUUUCAGCAAACAAAGUCAAAGAAUGGAAUCUAAACAGCUAGCAACACAGAUAGAAUUAGUUUCAAUUUUGACACACACACAGCUCUACAAAUAUGACUGAUCUUCAUAUGAGGAGUGAGGAACUUUGGAACAACUUUAAAAGCAUUGGUGUAUACAUUAAAUAGCAAAAGGAAUUUGGUUUAUAUUUCUUGUUGUUAGUUAAGAUGAUGUUUUCUCCAUGAUAAGGAGACUUUAUCAUGUACACAUUGACAGGCUCCAAUGUUCUAAGUUGAAAAUGUAAAUAUAAAUUUUGGUUUGCUUCUUAUU